GCUGGACAGACGCCGAGGGAGGCAGUUUGAAGCCGAAGCCAGUCCAGGAGGUGCUUCAUAGUCAUGGUAUCAUUGAGCGAUAAUAUAAAUUAUUAACAAGGAAUGUUCAUAAUUAAAUAUAGCUCAUAAUAUCUGAUUGCCCAGUCUUCUUCGCCUUUAAAAGAAGUCACCUUUCAGUUAGAAGUCACUUUGCUGCUGCUGAUCGUUGGCAAGGGGGAGUAAAGAGAUUCACUGCAGGCCGUGACUGUCAUAAACGUACCUUUUUCUAGAAACCAAAUCAUGGCUUCGACGUGUUCCAGGAAACCCCAAAACGGAAUUGUGCAAGCCAUCCUUACCGAUUUAUACCAGGUAUCUAUGGCUUAUGCAUACUGGGAAAGUGGCAAACGAAAUGAACAUAGUGUUUUCGACUUGUAUUUUCGAACAAAUCCAUUCCAAGGAGAAUUUACAAUAUUUGCAGGGUUGCACGAGUGCAUCAGUUACUUGCAGAAUUUCAAGUUCACAGAAUCGGAUAUUGAGUAUUUACAAAAUGAAGUGCUUCCUAAAACAUGCAAACAAGAGUUUUUUGAUUACCUAAGAAACCUUACGACUAAAGAUGUGACAUUGUAUGCCAUCCCUGAAGGCACUGUUGUAUUCCCAAGAGUUCCAUUGUUAAGAGUUGAAGGACCACUUCCAGUGGCCCAAUUGCUGGAAACUACUUUGCUCAACUUGGUCAAUUAUGCUAGUUUGGUUGCAACGAAUGCAGCUAGAUUCAGAAUUGCCGCUGGGAAGGAAAAAACCUUGCUGGAAUUUGGUCUGCGGAGAGCACAGGGGCCUGAUGGAGCACUCUCUGCCUCCAAGUAUUGUUAUAUCGGAGGAUUUGACGGCACAAGCAACGUUCUCGCUGGAAAAAAAUACGGGAUCCCGUGCAAAGGAACUCAAGCGCAUGCCUUUGUGUCUUCUUUUCUUGACAAUGAUCAACACCGUGUUGGCAAGUUAACGCCUAAAGAUGGCGGUGAGGAGCGAGAACUGUUUCCUAUAGCUAAAAACUGGCUGGAGAAAAUUGCCCCCGUUCUUGACAUCCCAGCCGACCAAACGAGUAGAAGUGAACUUAUUGCCUUUUGUGCAUUUGCAGUUGCGUUUCCUACUAAUUUUCUUGCGUUGGUUGACACAUACAAUGUUAUCAGGAGUGGCUUGCCUAAUUUUUGUGCUGUUGCGUUGGCCCUGAAUGAUUUUGGUUACAAAGCUGUUGGCAUCAGACUAGACUCGGGGGAUCUUUCAUAUCUCUCACAAACUGUGCGCCAGAAGUUCGUUAACAUCGGGGAUUUUACAAAAAAUGAAUGGUUUCGAAAGCUCCUUAUUGUCGCAAGCAACGAUUUGAAUGAAGAGACAAUAUACUCACUGCAGCAGCAGGGCCAUGAAAUUGACUCAUUUGGUAUUGGAACGCACCUCGUUACAUGCCAAAAGCAACCUGCGUUGGGGUGCGUGUACAAGCUUGUUGAGAUAAAUAGAGAAGCAAGAAUGAAAAUAAGCGAGGAAGUGAAGAAAGUAACCAUUCCUGGCCACAAAGAUGCAUAUAGACUGUACGGAGCAGAUGGAAAGGCCCUUGUUGACUUGGUCCAGACAGUUCAGGAACCGCCGCCACUUCCAGAAUCGAGGGCUUUGUGCCGACAUCCAAUCGUCGAGUCGAAACGAGCCUACGUCAAACCAUCGUCUGUCGAAUCCUUGCUGAAGCUUUACUUUAAGGAUGGAGAGGUCCAGCAGAAGAUGCCCUCGCUGCAUGAAAUCAAAGACCACGUGAAGAAAUCGCUUGCUUCAAUAAGAGUCGAUCACUUGAGAUCGCUCAAUCCUACUCCUUAUAAGGUGUCCGUCUCAGACAGUUUGUACAACUUUAUGCACCAGCUAUGGCUAGACCAUGCACCAAUUGGAGAAUUGUCGUGAUUCUGUCUAAGGAAUGUGGUGGGAUUUGCAUGGACGGCUGUUAAGGCGAGAAUUUUUUUGGCUUUCAAAAAAACAGAGGGAGCAGAAAUUCGAGUUUUGUGCCUUUCAAGAUAAACAGACAAUUGUUUGAUUAAAUUUCACGUUGGGUAACGAAAUUUGGUGGUUAAUAUUGAUGGAAUUUAGCUGACCUAGAUCCCGAUCAAUAAACUGCGUUAUUUUUAUGACACGAAGCACAGUUUACUUACUGACAUUAAGCUAAAAAGCAAGAUGUUGCUGCUUUAAAGCAUUGGGUCUGACUAUCCCAAGCAUACUAUUGUCAAACUAAUAGCUCAUUUAAUAAUUUGGCGAUUCUUUAUCACAAAAGGAAUUUUAGAUUUUUAAAAAAGCAUAGCCCUUGCCUUCGUCUGA